UUGGAUUUGGAUUUGUUGGAUAUCUUCGGUUCAAUCGAACUCUUCUGCAAAACUCUGCAGAACCCAAAGCGAUCUUCAUGAUGGCGGAUCAUUUGGACGAGCCGCCCACAAAGCGGGUUAAAAUGGAUCCAACGGAUAUCUCGUUGUUUCUGGAAGAGAAUCUGCCCGACGAGCUGGUGUCCUCAAACAGCGGCUGGUCGGAUCAGCUGAGUGGCGGCGGCGGCGGUGGCGCCUCGAAUGUUGGCGUCACAAACACAAACUCAACAGGCGGCGGCGGCGGACCACAAGCCGUCGUCGGCGUCGGAGUCGGACCAAACAAACAGACAGGCCCUGGCCCUGGCUCUGGGCCAGGCGUCGGUCAGGUUGUCGUUACCUCACAAAUGAACGGAGCCGGCGGUGGCUCCCAGCAGCCUGGCAGCGGCGGCGACGAUGGCAGCGGCAACAGCAGCAGCGGAGGCGGCGGCGGAGGAGCGGGCAACCAGCAGCAGCUCCGCCAAAUGCAGCAGCACCAGCAGCAGCACCAGCAGCAGCUGCAGCACCUACUCCAGCAGCAGCAGCAACAGCAACAGCAGCAGCAGCAGGGCCAGAAGGGGACCAUGGUGGUGCCGGGGAUGAACCAAUUGGGCAGCAAAUCCCCAAAUCUGCAGUCGCCCAAUCAGAGCGUCAUGCAGCAGGUUGCCACACAGAUGGGCAUGGUAAAUUCGAUGCCCAUGUCGAUAUCGAAUAAUGGAAACAAUGGCAUGAAUGCCAUACCAGGAAUGAACACAAUCGCCCAAGGGAAUCUGGGGAACAUGGUCCUCACCAACAGCGUCGGCGGCGGCGGCAUGGGUGGCAUGGUCAACCAGCUGAAGCAGCAGCAGCAGCAGCAGCAGCCAGGCGGUGGCAUGAUCAAUGCCGUUUCAGUGGCAGGCGGACCCGGAGGCCCCGUGGGCGCUGGCAGCGGCUCAGUGGCACCCAACCAGCAGGGCAUGCACAUGCAAAACGGUCCGAUGAUGGGUCGCAUGGUCGGCCAGCAGCAUAUGCUGCGCGGUCCCCACAUAAUGGGCGCUGCCGGAGGUGGCAAUGGACCAGGCGGCCCGGGGAAUGGACCCGGCGGCGGAGGACCACGCAUGCAGAAUCCCAACAUGCAGAUGGGUAGGUCCACCGACGAGACCGGCAAGAAGGGAGCCACUGCUAAUCCUUAUCCUAAUCCUCUCGUUGCUCGUUUUCCCGCAGGACAACUGAAUAGCAUGCCCUACGGCGUGGGCCAGUACGGAGGUCCGGGCGGCAACAAUUCCCAGCAGCAACAGCAGCAGCUGCUUGCCCAGCAGAUGGCACAACGGGGAGGAGUCGGUGUCAUGCCGCAGGGCAAUCGCCCAGUGGGCACUGUUGUCCCGAUGCCCAGUUUGGGCGGCGAUGGCACCGGCGGGCCCACCGGACAGCUAGUGGGCGGCAAUCCCCAGCAGCAGCAGCAGAUGCUCGGACAGCAGCAGCAGCCGGGUGCCCUUGGACCUCGUCCCCCGCAGCCGAACCAAUUACUGGGCCAUCCGCAGCAGCAGCAGCAGCAGCAGCAGCCAGGAACCUCACAGCAGCAGCAGCAGCAGCAGCAGGGAGUUCAGGGUGUCCAGGUGGGAGCAGCAGGCGGAGCUGUGACAGCAGCAGUCGGAGGAGCGGGAAAUCCACAGGCGAACCGCCAGGAUGUCCCCGACGACCGCAAGCGACAGAUCCAGCAGCAGCUGAUGCUCCUGCUGCACGCGCACAAGUGCAACCGGCGGGAGACCCUUAAUCCGAACCGCGAGGUCUGCAACGUACCCUACUGCAAGGCGAUGAAGGCGGUACUGGCGCACAUGGGUACCUGCAAGCAGAGCAAGGACUGCACCAUGCAGCACUGUGCUUCCUCGCGCCAGAUCCUCCUGCAUUACAAGACCUGCAUCAACAGCACCUGCAUCAUCUGCUAUCCGUUCCGCCAGAGUCAUUCGGUGUUCCAGAACGCCAAUGUCGGAGGCGGCGGAGGAGCGGGCGGCGGUGGUGCGACCCCUGGCGGGGUCCCACCAGGCAGCGGAGGGGCCGGCGGUCUCCAGCAACAGCAACAGAACCAACCUCUCACCGUGCUCGGUGGCGUCGGGGGAUCACUCGAUGGCAAGCAGCAGCAGCAGCAACAGGUAGGAGCCCCAGGAGGAGCCCAGAAUACGGGCCUCGUGAUGCCCCAGCAGCAGCAGCAGCAGCAGGGCGGUGCACCCAAAUCCAACGCCGAAAUGGCCCAACAACUCGCCCAGCAGCAAGUCCAGCAGCAGCAGCAACAGCACCAACAGCAGCAGGAGCUGCGACGCUUCGAUGCCAUGGGCCAGGUGGGACUCUCUCCCGUGACGGCCGGCAAUAUGAUCGGCGGUGGCGCAGGUGUCGGAGCGGGCCAGCAGCAACAGCAGGGGAUGCCUCCGAGCAUUCGAAUGCAGGGCAUCCCACCCACUGUGCGAGUCCUGGGACCCACGGGUUCCGGUUCCGGUUCCGUCCUGCCCAACGAUGUGAAUAGCCUCCAGCAGCAGCAGCAGCAGAUGCUCCAGGGCCAGUGCAAUGCCGCCAAUGCUGGCAAUCGGCGACGCGGUGGCCUCCCCAACAUGGUCGACCAGCAGCAACAGCAGCAGCAGCAGACGAAUCCCGCACAACAGCAGUUGGGAAACAUUCCCACGCCGCUUUCUGUGAGUGUCGGAGGCUUCGGCAGCGCCAACUUUGGCGGAGGAGCGGCAGACAAGCAGCAGCUGGUGGGGCAGGCGGAUCAGCUGUCGAAGCUGAAGGUGCCCCAAGUUCAUCCCCCAAGUGGCGCAGGACCUGGUGGUGCGACUGGCGUGACUGCCGGCGGCCAGGGUUCCAGUGUACUGAUGCCCGCCGAUACGACGGGUGCCAGCGGGGGGACUGCGAACGCGAAUCCCAAUCAGAAUUCGACUGGAGGCGGCGGUGGUGCCGGAGGAGGCGGCGGGACAGGAGGAACGGGUUCCACAGGCAACGACAGCGAAAAGGACUGGCGGGAGUCGGUGACGGCGGAUCUGCGGAACCACCUCGUCCACAAGCUCGUGCAGGCCAUCUUCCCCACCUCCGAUCCGACGACGAUGCAGGACAAGCGGAUGCACAACCUCGUCUCCUACGCGGAGAAGGUCGAGAAGGACAUGUACGAGAUGGCCAAGAGCCGCUCCGAAUACUACCACCUGCUCGCUGAGAAGAUCUACAAGAUCCAGAAGGAGCUCGAGGAGAAGCGGCUGAAGCGCAAGGAACAGCACCAGCAGAUGCUCAUGCAGCAGCAGGGCACGGGCCCCGUAUCCGGUUCGGGUCCCGUGGUCGUUCCCGGCGGCGGCCCCGUUGGAGUGCCAGGAGGCGUGGGCGGAGGCGUCGUCGGGCCGCAACAACAGCAGCAACAGACCCAGCAGCAGCAGCAAUCCGUUGGCGGAGUCCGUCCCAUCAUCAGUCCAAUGGGGGGCGUGAUGCAGCCACAGCAGCUCCGUCCCCAGGGUCCUGGCGGCAUGGUCGUCGGUCAGCAGCAGCAGCAGCCAGUGGGUGGCGGCCCCGUGGGUGUCGCAGGACUGGCAGGAGCACUCGGUGUUGGCGUUGGAGGCCAGGCGAAUAUGGUGACGAUGCGUAGCCACUCGCCCGGCGGCAACAUGCUCACGUUGCAACAGCAGCAGCGCAUGCAAUUCCCGCAACAGCAGCAACAGCAGCAGGCUGGCAACAUGCUGGUGGGUCCUCCGGGACCCAGUCCCGGCGGCAUGGUAGUCAAUCCCGUGCUCUCCCCCUUCCAGACGGCCGCUGGAGCGGCCAAUGUCCUCACCAGUCCAGUGCCUGGCCAACAGCAGCAGCAACAACAGCAACAGCAGCAGCAGCAGUUCAUCAACGCAAAUGGUGGCACCGUAGCGGGCAGCAAUCCCCAGCUGAGCGAAAUGAUGAAGCAGCGACACCUCCACCAGCAGGCGGCGGCGGCAGCGGGCAUGCUCAUGCCCCAGUCACCCUUCAGCAAUGCCACGGCUAUUCAACAGCAGCAGCAGCAGCAGCCGAACAGCAACAGCUUCAACUCUACCAUGCAGCAACAGCAGCAGAAGCCGCCUGGAAGUGUCCUCAACAACAUGCCACCGACACCCACGAGCCUCGAUUCAGCCUUGACUGCAGGAGGGGCAGGAUCUGGUGCGGCGGGUAGUGGAGGUGCGAAUGGAGGAGGAGGAUCAGCAGGAGGUGUACCCUCGAGUGCGGGUGGAAUGACGGUUUCAGAGCCCAGUCCCUCCCCCGGCGGAGGCGGUGGAGGAUUCAUCUCCAAUGGUCCCGUCGGCACUCCCUCCAACAGCAGCAACACCAACACCAACAGCAACACCAACAACAACAGCAACAGCAUCAUCAAUCCCCCGUCGGUGAACAGCCUCAUGCAGCCAAUGAGCAAUCGAGCCAACACUCCACCCUACGUGCCGGCCUCCCCCGUGCCGGCGACCAGUGCCUCCGGCCUGGCGACUAACAGUGCCCCGACCUCGGCGGCAGCAACGUGCGCCAGCAGCAGCAACAGCAACAGCAAUAGCAAUAGCAAUAGCAACGGCAGCAACGGGAGCAACAGCAACGGCAGCAACAGCAACGGAAGCAACUGCGGCAGCGGCAGCGGGAGCGGCAGUGGCAGUGGGAGCGGCAGUGUGGGAGGAGUUGGAGGCGUUAUGGCCACCACAACGACCACGACGACGUCGGCAACGACGCCGCUCAGCUGCAAUUCCUCCUCGUCGGCGACGGCAACGAUUGCAUCGAGCGGACCGGGCAGCGGAGGCUCUCUUUCGGCGCCGAACAGCAAUCCCCACAUGCUGGCAACGACCUCCUCCGGUGGCAAUGGUAGUGGCGGCAGCAACCAGCAGCAGCAGCAGUCACAGCCGAGCCGCAUGAUGAGCAGCUCGAGCAGCCUAUCCUCCCAAAUGGCCGCCUUGGAGGCAGCGGCGCGUGAUAACGACGACGACACCCCAUCGCCCACGAACGACACAAACGGCAGCGGGGGCGGCGGUAAGGCUUCGAAGGGGAAGCUGGACUCGAUCAAGCAGGAGGACGAGAUCAAGAAGGAGUUCAUGGAUGACAGCUGCGGCGGCAACAACGACAGCUCCCAGAUGGACUGCUCCACGGGCGGCAAGGGCAAGAAUGUCAACAACGACGGCACCAGCAUGGUCAAAAUGGAGAUCAAAUCGGAGGACGCCGACGGCGAUGGCAAUGUCAAGAUCAAGACCGAGCCCAUGGAUGUCGACGAGAGUGCCUCAUCGGCCACACACGAAGGCGGCGGCGGUGGCGGCAAGGAUGAUAUCAACGGUGCCCACGAUGGCAUCUCCGGAGCGGGGGGCAUGGACAUCAAGACCAAGAUCGAGCCAAAGCCCCUGGUCCCAGAGCCACUGGCCCUGCAGGCUGGUGACAAGAAGAAGAAAUGCCAAUUCAAUCCGGAGGAGCUGCGCACCGCAUUGCUGCCAACGUUGGAGAAAUUGCUGCGCCAGGAGCCGGAAUCGGUGCCGUUUCGGUAUCCGGUGGAUCCACAGGCGCUGGGCAUACCCGACUACUUUGAGAUCGUUAAGAAGCCGAUGGAUCUGGGCACGAUACGGAACAACAUCCAGAACGGCAAGUACAGCGAUCCCUGGGAGUACGUGGACGAUGUUUGGCUGAUGUUCGACAAUGCGUGGCUCUACAAUCGCAAGACCUCACGCGUCUACCGCUACUGUACCAAGCUUUCGGAGGUGUUCGAGGCAGAGAUCGAUCCAGUGAUGCAAGCCCUGGGCUACUGUUGCGGCAGGAAAUACACCUUCAAUCCCCAAGUGCUGUGCUGCUAUGGCAAGCAGCUGUGCACGAUACCGCGCGACGCUAAGUACUAUAGCUACCAGAACAGUCUAAAGGAAUACGGUGUCGCCUCAAAUAGAUACACCUUCUGCCAAAAGUGCUUUAAUGACAUCCAGGGAGACACGGUCACACUGGGUGACGAUCCGUUGCAGUCACAAACACAAAUCAAAAAGGACCAAUUCAAGGAGAUGAAGAACGAUCACCUGGAGCUGGAGCCUUUUGUGAACUGCCAGGAAUGCGGCCGCAAGCAGCAUCAGAUCUGUGUCCUCUGGCUGGACUCCAUCUGGCCGGGCGGCUUUGUCUGCGACAAUUGCCUCAAGAAGAAGAACUCGAAGCGGAAGGAGAACAAAUUCAAUGCCAAGCGCCUGCCCACCACCAAGCUCGGCGUCUACAUCGAGACGCGCGUGAAUAACUUCCUCAAGAAGAAGGAGGCGGGAGCGGGCGAGGUGCACAUACGCGUAGUCAGCUCCUCGGAGAAGUGCGUCGAGGUGAAGCCGGGAAUGCGGCGACGCUUUGUCGAGGGCGGGGACAUGAUGAACGAGUUCCCGUACCGGGCGAAGGCCCUGUUCGCCUUCGAGGAGGUGGACGGCAUCGAUGUCUGCUUCUUUGGCAUGCACGUUCAGGAGUACGGAUCCGAGUGUCCGGCGCCCAACACACGACGCGUCUACAUUGCCUACCUCGAUUCGGUGCACUUCUUCCGGCCGCGCCAAUACCGUACCGCGGUCUACCACGAGAUCCUGCUCGGGUACAUGGACUAUGUGAAGCAGCUGGGCUACACGAUGGCCCACAUUUGGGCGUGUCCGCCAUCGGAGGGGGACGACUACAUCUUCCACUGCCAUCCGACGGACCAGAAGAUACCGAAGCCGAAGCGCCUGCAGGAGUGGUACAAGAAGAUGCUGGACAAGGGCAUGAUCGAGCGCAUCAUCCAGGACUACAAGGACAUACUCAAGCAGGCGAUGGAGGACAAGCUGGGCUCUGCCGCCGAGCUGCCAUACUUCGAGGGCGAUUUCUGGCCAAAUGUCCUUGAAGAGAGCAUCAAGGAGCUCGACCAAGAGGAGGAGGAGAAGCGCAAACAGGCAGAGGCAGCCGAGGCAGCUGCAGCGGCGAAUCUCUUCUCCAUCGAGGACAACGAGGUGAGUGGCGAUGGCAAGAAGAAGGGCCAGAAGAAGGCCAAGAAGUCCAACAAGUCAAAGGCCGCCCAGCGGAAGAACAGCAAGAAGUCCAACGAGCAUCAGUCGGGGAAUGAUCUCUCCGCGAAGAUCUAUGCCACGAUGGAGAAGCACAAGGAAGUCUUUUUCGUGAUACGCCUGCACUCGGCACAGUCUGCUGCCAGUUUAGCGCCCAUUCAAGACCCCGAUCCUUUGCUAACCUGCGAUCUGAUGGACGGCCGCGAUGCAUUCCUCACGCUGGCCCGCGACAAGCACUUUGAGUUCUCGUCGCUGCGGCGCGCCCAAUUCUCGACGCUCUCAAUGCUGUACGAGUUGCACAAUCAGGGCCAGGACAAGUUCGUGUACACUUGCAACAACUGCAAGACGGCCGUUGAGACGCGCUAUCAUUGCACCGUCUGCGAUGACUUUGAUCUGUGCAUUGUGUGCAAGGAGAAGGUCGGACAUCCCCAUAAAAUGGAGAAGCUUGGCUUCGACAUUGACGACGGCUGUGCACCGGCGGACCACAAGCAGGCCAAUCCCCAGGAGGCCCGCAAACAGUCCAUCCAGCGGUGCAUCCAGUCCCUGGUGCACGCCUGCCAGUGCCGCGACGCCAACUGUCGCCUGCCCUCGUGCCAGAAGAUGCAGCGCGUCGUCCAGCACACAAAGAACUGCAAGCGAAAGACGAACGGUGGCUGCCCCAUCUGCAAGCAGCUAAUUGCCCUCUGCUGCUACCAUGCGAAGCACUGUCAGGAGCAGAAGUGUCCCGUGCCCUUCUGUCCGAACAUCAAGCACAAACUGAAGCAGCAACAGCUCCAGCAGAAACUCCAACAGCAACAGCUACUGCGUCGGCGUGUGGCCCUCAUGUCGCGGACAGCCGCUCCUUCGGCACUGCCCGGACCGGCGGUCAGCGGGCCGACAGUCGUCGCUGGCGGUGUGCCCGUUGUGGGCAUGGCCAAUGUGAUGCCCGUCGGUCAGGCGGCCGUGCUGCUGCCAGGAGUGGGCGGACAUUCACCGUCUGCUGUGCCAGUGCCUUCGCCAGUGUCUGGCAGCGGAAUGGGUGGCAUGACCUCGCCGCAUCCCCAUCAGCCGGGCAUCGGCAUGAAGCCCGGAGGUGGGGGCGGACACCCGCCGUCGCCGAAUGUCCUGCAGGUGGUGAAGCAGGUGCAGGAGGAGGCCGCUCGCCAGCAGGUGCCGCAUGGCGGUGGCUUUGGGAAAGGCGUCCCAAUGGCCCCGCCCGUCAUGAACCGUGCUCUGGUCGGAGGAGUCGGAGGCGUCGGAGGAGUACCCAACCAGAAUGUGAAUCAGCUGGGAGUGGGUAUGGUCGGUGGAGUGGGCGUCGGAGUUGGAGGUGUUAGUGUCGGUGUCGGAGGCGUCGGAGUGAAUCUGAAUCAGCUGGGACCUGGCAUCGGCGGUGGUGGCAAUCCCUCGGGCGGCCCCCUGCCCGGUGCCGGCAACUGCGGCAAUGUCUUGAAUGCCAACAACCUGCUUUCCAUGGACCAGUGGGGCGCCGGCGGUGGAGGUGCGGGUGUGCCCCAGCCGCGGUACGUGAACAACGCCACGGGAAUGCGCCAGCCGAACCAAAUGAUGCAGCAGCAGCAAAACGUCCUCCAGCAGCAGCAGCAACAGCAGCAACAACAACAACAGCAGCAGCAGCAGAUGAUGCUGACCAACCCGAUGGGCGGAGGAGGGGUCGGCGGCGGCGGCCAGAUGCCCGUCGGCGGACAGCAUGGCAUGGGUAUGGGCGGAAUGGGUACGCCGAUGGGAGCGGCCGGUGCCGGAGGCGUGCGUCCACCGCCCGGAGGAGGCGGUGGCCAGGCAGCCGGAAGUUUGAACACACACCAGCUGGCCCAGAUCAUGCAAAAGAUAAAGAACAACCCCACCAACGAGAGCAACCAGCACAUCCUCACCAUCCUCAAGCAGAAUCCCCAGAUCAUGGCGGCCAUCAUCAAGCAGCGCCAGCAGACACAGAUCAAUGCAGGCGCCGUAGGCGGUGGUGCACCCGGUGGUGGCCUCCAAGCGGGCAAUGGACCCCAGAAUCCCCAGCAGCAACAGCAGCAGCAGCAGCAGCAACAACAACAACAGCAGCAGCAGCAGCAACAGCAACAACAGCAGGUCAUGCAACAGCAGCAGAUGCAGCACAUGAUGAACCAGCAGCAGCAGCAGCAGGCGGGCGGCCCCCAGCAGCAGCAGAUAAAUCCCAACCAGCAGCAGCAGCAAGUGAAUCUGAUGCAGCCGGGUGGACCGGGAGGCCCCCACCAGCGGAUGCCCAAUAUGCAGCAGCAGAACUCUGCCCAAAUGAUGCUCCAGAACCUGCCACCGGGCGUCACCUCUCAGGGAGGAAUGGUGCCGAACCAGAACUGGAACAAGAUGCGCUACGUGCCAAUGAACCAAUACCCGCCUCCGUAUUCGCAAAGGCAGCGCGGCCCGCACAUGGGCGGAGCGGUGGGCCAGCAGCAGCAGCAGUUCCCGGGCGGCGGCGGAGCGGGCAACUUUAAUGCUGGCGGCGGGGCAGGAGCCGUGGGAGUGCCUGGCGGUGUGGCUGGGGGCGGCGGCGGAGGCUCAGGUGGCCCCGGAGCGGAUCAGUACUCCAUGGCGAAUGCGGCUGUGGUGGCGGCAGCGUCCAACAUCCUGCAGCAGGGCCAAGGCGGAGCCGGUGUGGGAGUCGGAGUGGGAGUGGGCGUGAAGCCAGGGCCCGGCCAGCAGCAGCAUCAGCAGCAGCAGAUGGGCGUGUUGCCGCCGGGUAUGCAGCAACAGCAGCAACAACCCCUUCAGCAGCAGAUGAUGCAACAGGUGUCGAUGCCAAAUGCCCCGAAUGCCCAGCAGAAUCCCGCCGUUGUGGGUCCUGGAGGAGGUCCUGGCUCCCAGGUGAUGGGACCCCCCACGCCGCACUCCCUCCAACAGCAGCUAAUGCAGUCCGCGCGCUCCUCUCCGCCCAUCCGCUCGCCGCAGCCGACGCCUUCGCCCCGCUCAGCGCCGUCGCCACGCGCGGGGCCAUCCGCCUCGCCGCGGGCCCAACCCUCGCCCCACCACGUCAUGAGCAGCCACUCGCCAGCACCUCAGGGCCCACACGACGGCAUGCACAACCACGGGAUGCACCACCAGUCACCGCUACCCGGUGUCCCCCAGGACGUCGGUGUGGGCGUAGGCGUUGGCGUUGGCGUCGGUGUGGGCGUAAACGUUGGCAACUUAAAUGUCGGCAAUGCCGGCGGAGCCCUACCCGAUGCCUCUGAUCAGCUAACGAAAUUUGUGGAGCGGCUCUAG